AUGGCAGCCUCGCCGGAGGAUUUCGUGGCUGACCCUGCCGAGCCUUUCUCCCCCUCCGUCUUCCUCAACCUGCCCCCGACGCCCCGCCCCGACAGCAAUGGCGAGGGCAAGGACCCGGCCUCCGACGACCUCGUCCUCCCCUUCAUCGAGCGCAUGCUCAUGGAGGACGGGAUGGACGAAGAGUUCUUCUACCAGUACCCCGACCACCCCGCGCUACAUCAGGCCCAGGAAUCGUACGCGCGGGUCCUUUCCGACUACGACGCCACUGCGGAUUCCUCUUCGGACGGCAGCGCCACCAUGUCGGUGUCCUCCGGCUCCGACACGGGAGUGGGGGCCGACGACCUCACCGCGGACGCCAGCACGGCGAGUCCGGCGCGAUUGGGGGAUGCUGGCAUCCGGAGUGAUGAGAGGCCGGCGCAAUUGGGGCACGCUGGCACCACCUCCCGGAGUGACGCCGCCGCCGAGGAGGAGGUGGAGAAAAAGGCCAACAGCACUAUGCUUGCAGUCGUCGAUGGUGACCACGCCGUGCUGGCCUCGGCAUUCUUCAGUGCCCAGCAGCAGGAUGGGGGAAGCAAGGCCAUGUUCCUCAAGGGCAUGGAAGAGGCCAACAAGUUCCUGCCUAGAGACAUCGACCUGCUGCAUGGCGGACAAAAUUGCGAUUUUGCCAUUAUGAAACUCAGGUUUCGCUUGUUGGUCGUGCCGCAGAAGGGAUCGGUGACUUUGCUAUUAUUAAAUUGCACACACUCGCUCAAAUGUACUUGA